GUUGCCUCCCUCCAUUAAAUGCCGACGCUUGCGGACCCAGUGACUGGCAGGGCCGGGAGGUGUGGCUGGGCCGGCGGCUCCCGCACCUGAAUGCACGUUACGGCCCUGUCACUCACUGCAGGUGUGACCUUGGCAGGAUGGAGCCAGGUGAGGAGCUGGAGGAGGAGGACUCCCCAGGCGGCCGCGAGGAUGGCUUCACUGCUGAGCACCUGGCCGCGGAGGCCAUGGCAGCUGACAUGGACCCCUGGUUGGUGUUUGAUGCCCGCACUACACCUGCCUCGGAGCUGGAUGCCUGGUUGGCCAAGUACCCGCCAUCCCAAGUUACCCGCUAUGGCGACCCCGGCUCGCCCAACUCGGAGCCCGUGGGCUGGAUUGCAGCAUAUGGGCAGGGCUAUAUCCCCAACUCGGGCGACGUGCAGGGCCUGCAGGCAGCUUGGGAAGCUCUGCAGACCAGCGGGCGGCCUGUCACACCGGGUACCCUGCGCCAGCUGGCCAUCACCCACCACGUGCUCUCGGGCAAGUGGCUGAUGCACCUGACACCUGGCUUCAAGCUGGACCACGCCUGGGCUGGCAUUGCUCGGGCCGUGGUUGAGGGCCGGCUGCAGGUGGCCAAGGUGAGCCCACGGGCCAGGGAGGGUGGGCGCCAGGUCAUCUGUGUUUACACAGAUGACUUCACGGACCGCUUGGGUGUACUGGAGGCCGAUGCAGCCAUCCGUGCAGCGGGCAUUAAGUGCCUGCUCACCUACAAGCCUGACGUCUACACCUACCUGGGCAUCUACCGGGCCAACCGCUGGCACCUCUGCCCCACGCUCUAUGAGAGCCGUUUCCAGCUAGGGGGCAGUGCCCGCGGCUCUCGUGUGCUGGACCGUGCCAACAAUGUGGAACUGACCUAGUGGGGCCAAGUGAGGGAGACCACUCUCUGCCCUUCCUGCCAGGGAUGGAUCCUCCCGUCUUCCUUGUCCCAAGGAGGCCAAGUCCCCCACCUUUGGGGCCCAGGUCACUCGGGAACUGCCUGCAUCUUCAAUCCCCUUGAACUUCUGCCCUCUGUUCAGGGCUGACUCAAGUCCCCACCGGCUGGAGGCGCUGGCUCCCUGAGGGCCGGACCCUCAGCCUCUGUCUUCGCUGCUGCUCCCCUCUGCCAUCCAGGACCACAGGCUGGGUGCAGACAGCCAGGAGGAGAGCCUCCCUUGGCCGCCCUCAUCCCUGGCUGUACCUCCCCCCUUCUGCAUCCUCCCCUUCUCUUCCUCCCUCACAAGAGAGAAAACUUAGUGCUUCCAGUCCCUCUGCUUGGAGCCUUCGCAGUCCAGGGGCAGAGGCCCUGCGGGCCUGAGCAUGCCAUUUUCCUGAGGGCAUGAUUGUGCUCACUCAGCCCCUGGCAAAGAGAGAGGAUGCCAGGGCCAUGGACAUGGGGCCUGUCCCUCCCUGCCCCCUCACAGCCUGAACCACCUUCCUCCCUUCCUUCACUCCCUUGUCAUGUGCCUGUUCCUGGCAUUUCAAUAAAACCCAGCUUGGGUCUGUGUCUUGAGUGUUUUUUAAA